CUGGACAGACCUGGUAGUUCCUCUAGACGGCUCCGAGAUUUUUUCUGCAUACCUGCCAUUGUCACAUCCCAAGAACCACCAGCCAUGGGCUCGGUCAUGACACCUCGAAAAAAGUGGUGGAAGGGUGCCGUCGUCUACCAAAUCUGGCCCGCGAGCUUCAAGGACUCGGACGGCGAUGGCCUAGGAGACUUGAAAGGAAUAUCGGAGAAGCUCGACUAUAUCCGCGACCUCGGUGCCGAUGUCAUCUGGAUAUCUCCCAUCUUUGACAGUCCUCAAGUCGACCUCGGAUAUGACAUCUCCGACUACGAACGUAUCUAUGCCCCGUACGGCACCAUGGCUGACUUGGAAAACAUCAUCCGGGGUUGUCACUCGAAGGGACUGCGCAUUCUCCUCGAUCUCGUCAUCAACCACACGUCGGACCAACACGCUUGGUUUCGGCAAUCCCGCUCGUCAAGAUCCAGUCCCCAGCGCGACUGGUAUAUUUGGAGACCAGCCCGAUAUGAUGGUGACGGCCAACGCAGGCCUCCCAACAACUGGCAAUCCAUGUUCGGCGGCAGUGCCUGGGAGUGGGACGAACACAGCCAAGAAUACUACCUUCAUCUGUUCUCACGAGGCCAGCCAGACGUCAACUGGUCGAAUCCCAUGCUACGAGAAGCCGUGUAUAAUAGUGCCAUCCGGUUCUGGUUGGACAAGGGCAUCGAUGGAUUCCGAAUUGACACUAUGGGAUUGUUUGCAAAGGACAUGUCUUUUACAGACGCGCCCGAGACUGACCCCCAUUCCCAGUUCAAUCACCGGCCGGAAAACUUUCUCAUUUUGAACGAGAUUCACGACAUUCUGCACGAGUACGGCGACUUGAUGACGGUGGGGGAAUUUGGCGGUCUCAGUGAUACGUCGACGGCAAUGCGAUAUGUCAGUGCCGCAGAAUCCCGUGUCGAUAUGGGCUUCCAGUUCGAGACAGUAUGUCUGGGGUACGCGCUGAGCACUUUCAACGUCCAGCCCAUGGACUUGCGCGAGUUUCAGCGUUCCUUUGUCAAGUGGCAGACCUUUAUCGAGGGUACCGACGGCUGGACCACCAUGUUCCUCGAGAACCACGACCUUGCACGUUCCGUGUCCCGGUUCACGUCCGACAAGCCAGAACACAUGGUUGCGGCUGCCAAAGUGCUUGCCCUGCUGCAAACGACCGCAACCGGUACACUAUUUGUGUACCAAGGUCAGGAAAUCGGCAUGACAAACAUCCCCAGCGAUUGGCCCAUUGAGGAAUACAAGGACAAGUCGACACAAUGGUACUGGGAGUCGGUGUUGAAGGAAUCGGUCCAUGACCCCAUAGCUCAGGAAAAAGCCAUGGACAACAUUCGCAAGGUGGCCAGAGACCACAGUCGGACGCCCAUGCAAUGGACCGGCGGUGUCAACGCCGGCUUCACCACGUCCAAGGCGGGACCGUGGAUGCGGAUUAACGACAACUUUACCGAUAUCAACGUUGAAAGGCAACUUGGCGACAAAGACAGCGUUUUGUCAUUCUGGAGGAAACUCCUUCGGCUUCGCAAGGACCACGCCGACCUUUUGGCCUACGGGGAUUUUCUCCCAAUCGAUGCUGGCGACGACAGCGGGUUGUUCUGUUUUCAAAAGACAUCUGUCCACGGUGAAGCCCUGGUUCUGCUCAACCUGACCGCAUCCCAGAAGCCUUUUCGGCUACCAGAUCACUUAGAUUUGUCCUUGUUCUCGCUAGAGAUUGCCACUGUGUCGGAGAUCAAGGAUUGGGAUAGCCUAGGACCGUUUGAGGGUCGCCUUUAUAUAGCGAAAGGCUCUUGUCCAGUCUAGGUUCUCAUAGUACCAACAUAAUUAAGCGUCUUUACCC